GAAACAGGACAAGACAUUGGAAGAAAAGCAACUGAUAAAAUAUCAGCUUGACUACAGAGAGAAUCAAAUCUCCAAGACAUCAUGAAGACUCUUACUCUGCUCUCCAUCUGUGCUCUUCUGUCGGUGUGCUGCUCCAUGGGAGCUGUAGAACCCGAGGUCGUUGUGGAUCCUGCUGCUGACACAGCCGCUGAUCCAGCAGCAGAGGCUCCCGCUUCAUCAUCCUCUUCCUCAUCUGAGUCUGAUUCAGCUUCAUCCUCUGCCUCCGACUCCUCAGCCUCCGAUUCAACAUCAGAUUCCUCAUCCUCUGAGUCCUCCGAGUCCUCUGAGUCCUCCGAGUCCUCCUCCACCGAAUCCUCCGAGUCUUCCUCCUCUGAAUCGAACUCAGCCUCUGACUCUGCUGCCUCUUCAUCUUCCUCCUCUUCAUCCUCCUCAGAGUCAGCUAGUGCUGAAGAGUCCCAGGUGGUUAUGAAGAGAGACCUGGCUUCUGUUCUUCUCCGGAGAAGAAGAGCUGCCCAAGGCAAUCUCAGCCCCCUGCAGCUGGAAAGCCUUAGAGAGGUGUGUGAGCUGAAUGUUGCCUGUGAUGACAUGGCUGACACUGAAGGCAUCGUUGCAGCGUACACCGCCUACUAUGGACCCGUCCCUUUCUAAUUUGAAUUGUCUCUUGCAUCUAAUUUUGGGCAUUUUUUUAUGCCUUCUGAUAGCAAUAACAUUAAAAACACUCCCGAAGUGUCUUCUGAAUUUACAAGCUGCCUGUUAUUGCAUGCAUGGACAUCUGCAGCAGUCCUGUUUAGGGUUCCCCUUUAGGCUGAAAAAGGCACAUUGAAACGCAAGCCUGUGAAUUAUGUAGAAGCCCAUCCAAGUGUAAAUGAUUAUUUUGUCCUAUAGAGUUAUUCCAUGAAUGGUGCUACAAUUUGAAAUGUAUUCUGUGUUAAUGUUUUUUUUUCUUCUUCCUUUUUUGUAUAUGGUGCUUUAUCUUUUACUUAAUUACCAAUUCUAAUGAGUAGUGGAUGUAGGAAUAUGUUGAUUUUGUUUCUGUGCAAUAAGUGUAUAAACACACAUCUGCAGUCUGUAAUAACCACAAACUGCCUCUUGGUUUGAAAAAUAAAUUAUUUUGGUUUUUUUUUUCAAA